UGCAUCCUCUCUGUUGUAGUAAAUUCCUGGUGUUUUCCCCUGUGCUCUUAGUUGUUUUUCAGUUUAGACUUUUUUGAGAUUCCUCUGUCUGUUGUUCAUUUAUCAUUAAAAGGACACUUUUUGUUUAAACUCUGCUUCUGGGUCCACCUGCUUAACCAAACCUGACAACUAAUGUGUCUGUGUAAUCCUGGAUUACAGAGACAACCACUCUGCAUCAAUCAAGAGUGGUGCAGAGGAGUAAAGAAUGUGGGCUAGCUAGCAAACAGCCACACUGUGCGCUGUGAGUCAUGAAAAAGGUUAAGUGACUGUAGGGAAGUACCAUCAGGAAAGGGCUGGGGGUCUGUCUCCUCCUCCAUACAGACAAGAGGAAGGAGCGGUGAGAUCUGUGUUAUAAAUACUGGCUUUGAGACAGCAGACAGCAGUGUGUACACAGGACAUUCCCUCAGAUUUUAGGAAAACAACCUGACUCAGUCCUCACAACCACAGACAUAAUGGCAGAUGAAAGCUUUCAGAAGGAGUUCCUGGAGACUCACAAUGCCUACAGGGCGAAGCAUGGUGCGCCGCCACUGACGCUCAGCAGCGACCUGAAUGAUUCAUCUCAGAAAUGGGCCGAUCACUUGGUGGAGCUCGGUGCCCAAAAAACACAGCGGUUCUGCAGAGAACAUCUACAAAAAAAUUGGCUCCACGGCCGUGACAGGGAAAGAAGUUGUGGAUUUCUGGUACAGUGAGAUCAAAGACUACAACUGGAGCAGUCCUGGGUCAGACUGGAAAACUGUAGGGCAUUUUACUCAGGUGGUUUGGAAAGACACCAUUAAACUGGGCGUGGGUGUAGCCUCUGUUGGUACCAAUGUCUAUGUGGUCGCCCAAUAUUCUCCACCUGGCAACAUGAAGGGAAACUACGAGAAAAACGUCCUUGAGAAAGAUGCGGGGAGCAGGACGGCCUGAUCGGAGCAAAGGACGUGACCUGCUGGAUUUCAGUCAUCAGGUAAAUACAUGCACUCUGAAGGUCAUCAUUAUAUGUGCAGUAUUUGACCAUGAAAUACCUGACAAGGCUGAAAAAUAUUUGCCUGGCCACUCAUGAACCAUGUCAGUGGCUGACAUACAGCGCCCCCUGUGGCUGUCGGUGCUCACAGACAAGGUUCUAACCCACAUAGAAAAAUAGUUUUGGCUCAAAUUUGACCGCACUGUGAUCUGGCCACACCUUGCCAAGAGCACAAAAAAAAAGCCCCAUUGUUUUUUUUGAUAUUUGGGACACAUUUGCUAUUUUACAAGUUGGCCACUUUAGGCCCACAUUUGUUUUGUCCAGACCACAAGAAGGUCAGAUGUAACGCAUCUUUGUCUGAAGAAGCCCACACAUUAAUGCUAUUUUAGAAUGUAUCUGUUUCGACUCCAACUCACUGAUAACACUUUCUUCAUCAA